AGUCGCUCUGAAAACAGAAGAUAGAGGGAGUCUCGGAGCUCGCCAUCUCCGCCGAUCUCUACAUUGGGAAAAAAAACAUGGAGUCAGCUCCGGCAGCCCCCGACCCCGCCGCCAGCGAGCCGGGCAGCAGCGGCUCGGAGGCGGCCGCCAGCUCCAGGGAGACCCCGCUGACCCAGGACGCGGGCCGCAAGAGCGAGGCGCCGGGCGCGGGUCGUAGGCAGAGCUACGCGAGCUCCAGCCGAGGUGACUUUCCACUCUCUGAGCACAGACAUGUCUCACCGAAGUACAGGAACGAGAACCCACAAGCUACAGUGUGUUGCACUGGGUGCGGUGUUUUGGUGGGCGAGACAAGAAUGGACAAUGAAAAGAGGCACGUUGACACUUGGAGAAGUUAUGAAGAACUUGCCGAGAAUGCCAAUUGACAAGGCAGGUAUGGGAAUACUCAGAAAAACAGACAGCGAGAGCCGGUCUGAAGGGCAGAGAGAUCGGCUUCCUGGUGCAUUGAGGGAAUUGGUGGGUGUGCUUAUUGACUCUUCCAAUUAGUUUUAGAGAAAUCUGAAGAGAUGGACAAAGACGGAGAAAAGGCAGCCAGAUGUGAUCCUGAACUUCCAGAAGCAGAGAGCCUCUAACGUCCCCUAGGAGCCAUGGCAGUCACAGACAGGAAUAAGUGAGUGGAAAUGAGUGGAUCUUGAAACACCCAGUCACAGAGGAACCACGUAUGCUUAUCGGGCCUGAGACUGCUUAAAUAAACUGCAUCUCUUUUCAUUUUCAAUUUCCAGUUGGGAAACCAGAGGAUGAUGAAAAGGUCGUGAUACUGUCUGUACUCCACAGGGACAUUGGUGUGCCAAGGAUAUUCUCUCUAAAAGUGUAGGGCAGCUGGGAGGGUGAACUGCCCAUAACUCUCAAUUGUCCAAGUAAUGAAGUAUCACGAAAAGCUAAGCCAGAUGAAAUAAUUUGAUCAUCAAAAAUGAUUCCUCUGAUGGUGCUUGAAGUGUGCUGGCCGACAUGGCAAGUAUGGAAUUGCUAAUUUAUGUUACCUCAUUCUCUUUCUCUCUCCCAGUUGGGGUGAGCACACACGGACAGGCUGUGGGAACCUCGGCUGUGUGCAGAACCCAUGCCCUUAACUCGGAUAGUAUAACAUUUCACAGUGUCAAGAGAUGACAGCCAGAGAUGGGGGACAGUUCAGUGAGAUUUCUCAAGACCCCACAUAGCCACUUGGAGAAUGGAAGCUACGCUCAAAGACUUCCUGAACAUUCUGAAGCUUGCCUUUGGACCUGGGAGAGGGGCUAUCCUUUAGGCACAGAUGCACACUCCUCAUGCUACCCCUAUUUUGUUAGGCAAGAUGUUAUCCUGAGAAGGUAUCCUGAGAACUCUCUAGGCCAGCUUCACCCCGACAGUGAAGCUGAUGCACCUGACCCUACAAGCCUGCGAUGUUCUCUUCCCAGGCAGCAUGGGAUGCACUACAGUUAGGAUGUGACUACAGCCUAGAUCUUUUGGCUCACUCAUCUCAUGCUUUUUCCGCUCAUGUGCAGAUCCCCAAAAGUCCCAGGAAAAAGAAUACCAAGUCCCUACCCUCCAGGAAAAUUGCCCUGAGGGUAUUUAAAUGGAUACAACAUGGUCAUCUAGUUCAGUAUGAGUUAUGUGGACUAUACAUCCAUAGUGGGGUAGGUCAUUUUUUAAUCUCACUAGGCACUUUGAUUACAAAUUAAAGUAGGAAUUUAUUAUACUGUGUAUUGUAUCUUAUUUAUUUGUAAUAAAAUAUAUUUAUUAUAGUUAAAGUACACAGUGCCCGAGUCUCAUGUUCUGAUUCCAUGCAAAGUCAAGUAUGGGACAGAGAGCUGAUCACCUGCCAUUGAUGAGCCACUGGAGUAGGUGCAGCCAGGCUCACCGUGAGCAGUGUUUCUGCCGAGCCAGGUCCUUCCUCAAGGCUGAAGUUCCAGCUAUGCUCUUCAGAGAGCUGUUUUCAACACCAGAUCCACAAAGAGAAGAUUGCAAGGCCAUAAAAUUUAAAAAAAAAAAAAAUCAUAACAGCAGAAACUAUUUUUUAAGUUCUUUGUUUAUUUAUUUUACCCCCAGAGUCCUGUUGGUGCUGCUCAUAUGCACACGGGCAUGAGGUCAUGCACCCAGGGCAUGGGCAACCUUUCAAUGGCCGUACUCCUGAACGAAGUGACUCUCAUUUGAAAGAGAGUGAGAG